AUGGCCGACCCUCCCCGGACGGUACUGAUCUCAGGCUGCUCCUCCGGAAUCGGCCUGGAGCUCGCAGUGCAGCUGGCUCGUGACUCCAGGCAGCGCUACCAGGUGGUGGCCACCAUGAGAGAUCUGGGGAAGAAGGGGACGCUGGAGGCAGCUGCCGGCGAGGCUCUGGGUCAGACCCUCACUGUGGCCCAGCUGGACGUGUGCAGUGAUGAGUCAGUGGCCCAAUGUCUCCGCUGCAUCCAGGGAGGAGAAGUGGACGUGCUGGUGAAUAAUGCUGGCGUGGGCCUGGUGGGGCCCCUGGAGGGGCUCAGUCUAGCUACCAUGCAGAAAGUCUUCGAUACCAACUUUUUCGGAGCUGUCCGUCUGGUCAAAGCUGUGCUUCCUGGCAUGAAGAGAAGGCGACAGGGCCACAUUGUGGUGGUCAGCAGUGUCAUGGGGCUGCAGGGUGUUGUGUUCAACGACGUCUACGCAGCCUCCAAGUUUGCCCUGGAAGGGUUCUUCGAGAGUCUGGCCAUCCAGCUGCUCCAGUUCAACAUCUUCAUCUCCCUGGUGGAACCCGGCCCCGUGGGCACGGCCUUUGAGGGGAAGCUGCUGGAGCAGGUUUCCGCCGCCCAGUUCCCAGGCGCCGACCCCGACACCCUGCACUACUUCCGGGACCUCUACCUCCCAGCGUCCCGGGAGCUCUUUGGCUCUUUGGGGCAGAGCCCCCAGGAUGUGGCCCAGGUUAUUGUCAAGGUCAUCAGCUCGGCCAGACCACCCCUGCGCCGACAGACCAACGCCCGCUACUCCGCCCUGACCGCGCUCAAGGCCGCGGACCCCUCCGGCCGCCUGUACGUGCGAUCGGCCCACCGCCUGCUCUUCCGCUGGCCGCGCCUCCUCAGCCGGGGCCUCCGCUGCCUGGCCUGCAGCUGCUUCCCCUCUCGGGUACAGCCCGGGUGA